AUGCAACUUAAAUGGGGUAUUGUUGGAACUGGUCGCAUUUGCCAAGAUUUUUGUCUUGCAUUAUUAACUUGCGAUCCUCAUGAACAUGUUAUUGUUGCUGCAAGUUCUCGAGAUAAAACACAGGCCGACAAUUUUGUUCGAGAUUUUGAACUUGGAGAUCAAGUCCGUACAUAUGGCUCACAAGAAGAAUUGUUUAACGAUGCAAACGUUGAUAUUGUUUAUAUUGGAACCAUAGAACAAGUUCAUCGAGAUUUAUGUAUCAAAGCUUUAACUAAUAAUAAACAUGUUUUAUGUGAAAAACCAUUAGCAAUGAACGAAGCUGAAGUUCAAGACAUUGUUGAUACUGCAAGAAAAACAAAGAAAUUCAUGAUGGAAGCCAUAUGGUCGCGGUUUUUUCCUAUUUAUGAUAAUUUACGUGAUGCCGUGAAACAAAUUGGAACAGUAACUUAUGUUGAAUGUACUUUUUGUGUUACUGGUUUAGUUUCUUUUGGUAUUUGGAGUUUAUUAAUGGCCAUUGGUUGUUAUCCUGUGCAGGCAGCUUUAAUCGCUUUUGAUCACGAAGAACCAGUAUCCAUUGUAGCAUCAGGUCAUACAAGAGAACAUCAAGGUGAAAAAACAGAUAGCAUGGCUACAAUAACAUUACUAUUUAAAAAUAAUCGAAUGGCUGUUUUGAAUUGUCUUGGUCAAGAUAUUGGUGCAAUUAAUUCAUUAACAAUUCACGGAACAGAAGGUGUUAUUAGUCUUCCGACUCAUUUCUGGUGUCCAACUCAAAUUGUUCUACCUAAUGGUCAUCAUAUUGAUCAUGAUCUACCUGAGACGCUUAAAAAAACAAAUUAUACCCACUCGGCUGGCCUUCGUUAUGAAGCUAUGGCAUGUCGUGAUCAAAUUAUGAAUGGAAAAUCGGAACAUCCGUUUAUGACACUUGAAAAUUCACUGCAAAUAGCUCGAAUUAUUGAACAAGCUCGAAAACAAAUUCUCUCAGCCAAGCAUUAA